AUGGAUUUUGGAAUGAAUAUAUUUAGAAAUCACAUAGGAAGCUUGCAAAAUUUUCACAAAGAAAGAUUUGUCAAUCUUCAGUCCUUCAAAGAAUUUCUUGAUUUCCGAAGACUUGCAUGGCCAGGAAGUAUUGUUGAUGUACAACAGCGUAUGCGUUAUAAUCUUUCACGAUUUUCAUCUAACUAUGCUAUUUGCUUUGGCCUAAUUGUUCUUUACUUUUUGCUUACAAAUCCAUUAUUACUCUUUGUUCUUUUAUUUGUUACAGGUGGCCUAUUUGGCAUAAACCGCCUUAAUGGUCAAAAUCUUCACAUAGGAUCAUUUCAUUUAACACCUUCACAGCUAUAUACAGGUAAAUAUCAUAUUUGAAUUUAUUUUUCUUUUUAGUAAUCUCAAAAGCAUUACUUAUUAUUGCCAUUCCCCUUGGAUUUAUUGCUUCUCCUAUAUCAACAAUUCUUUCCAUUAUUGGUGCUAGUAGUAUAACUAUCAUAGGUCAUUCUAUUUUAUUAGAACCUCCAGUGGCAUGUGCUUUUGAAGACGGAG